AAAUAGCACGGGCGUCGGGCAGUCGCGCACAUCGGAUGUUCCUUUAAGACGGCGGGGGAGUAGCGCUAAUUUUCCAUCGAGUUGCGAUUCAGUUCAACCUUGACUCCUCCAGGCCUUCCUUCGGUGUCAGUCCGUCGGAUCAGCAUCAGCAUGACGCAGCACGGCGGCAUCUUCAGCCCCAUCGACUACGCGCUGUUUGUCGUGUUGGUGGUGUCUUUUUCGCUCAUCGGCAUUUACUUCGGGUUUUUUGCCAAGCAGAAGCAAAACACGCGCAAUGAAUACCUCAUUGGCAGCAAGGACAUGGCCUUUUUUCCCAUUCUCAUGUCCCUCGUGGCCAGUGCAACUUCCGGAGUUACACUCCUCGGCGUACCGACCGAAAUCUACACGUAUGGAACGCAGUACGUGGUGCACAUAUUCACGGAGGUGCUCGUCUGCGUCGUAACAGCCUGGCUCUUCGUGCCUGUCUACUACAAACUUCAAGUCCCGACAACAUACGAAUACUUGGAACUGCGGUACGGGAAAUCCGUGAAAUACGUCUUAUCUGGGAUGUACUGCAUAAUGACGAAUUUGUACACGCCUAUGGUGGUGUACGCCCCGGCGUUGGCACUCAGCCAAGUUACCGGCGUCAACAUCUACCUGAUAACCACUGUCACCACAUCUAUAUGCAUUUUUUAUACAUGCAUUGGAGGAUUCCGAGCCGUGGUUUGGACCGACACCCUGCAAACGUUUGCCAUGAUCAUUGGGGUGGUCGUUGUGGUUAUUCUCGGCACAAUUGAAGUCGGUGGAGUCACGGAAGUUUUUAACAGAGCCGAUGAGAGUGGUCGCUUGGUAUUUUUCAACAUGGAUCCAAGCCCAUUUGCUUAUUACACCUUUUGGAACGUGAUGGCCGGCGGAUUUUUCGGCUGGUUAGCGGGUAUGGCCAGCAACCAGGCGUCGCUCCAGCGGUGCCUGGCGCUUCCCACACUGGAAAAGGCUCAGAGGGCGACGAUUAUCACGUCUUUUGGCUCGGCGACGUUUGUGCUGUUCAGCGUGUAUACUGGCAUCACUUUGUACGCAAAAUACCAUGACUGCGAUCCUCUGGUUUCAGGACAAGUGACGAAAAUGGACCAAAUCUUGCCCAUGUUCGUCGCAGACAUCGGAUCUACAAUUCCUGGUAUCGCUGGAAUAUUCGUUGCAGGAAUUUUCAGUGCGGCAUUGAGCUCGCUCUCGACAACGCUGAAUGCCGUGUCCGGCGUCUUUUUAAAUGACGUUAUCAACCCGUUGUUGAAAGAGCCCCUGAGUGAAAAGCACUCCAGCUGGGUUUUAAAGGGAACCGUUUUAGUGCUGGGAUUGCUGGCAAUGGGACUGGUCUUCAUUUUGCCUCAUCUCGGAACAAUUUUCCAGGUUACGAGAAUUUUAGGCGGCGUAACAGUUGGAGCACGACUUGGAAUUUUCCUCUUUGGCGUCCUUGUGCCUUGGUUUAAUGAAAAGGCUGUGAUUUAUGGCGGAAUAACAAGCGCCCUUCUGAUGUCCGUCGUGGUCAUUGGACAAGGGCGCGCGGCAGCUUCCAAGGACCUCGUGUGGCCGAAGAUGCCCAUCUCCGUGGAGGGCUGCGCCCCCUCCCUCAUUUCCAACCUCAACACCAGCUACAUUUACGAGCCAGAGUACACUCAAGGAGUCAACAACGACGUCUUUUGGCUUUUCAGGAUCGCGUAUAGGAACAACGUCAUGAUCAGCUUCGCUCUGAUGAUCGUGGCCACGACGAUCGCGUCGUUCAUCGUGGGGUUCAACGACCCCAGGGAUAUGAACCACGAUUUGUUCAGCCCUUGCAUCAGGCGCUUUUUGCCAGCGUCCAGGGUGAAAAAGGAUCAAGAGCAGGAGCAGGAACAGGAAUUGGAGAGUCCUAUCAGGGGAGAGUUGGAAACAGAAAAAGGACGACAUUUCACUGAAUCUUCAGUUUAAUCACCUUUCCAAAACAACGCAAAAAUAUUUUGUAUAAUAUUAAGACAAUAAAAAUUCUUAAAUUGAAAA